AAAAGGAGGUGCCCUACCACCAGUACUUCCCACUGGCUAUAAACCCAGCCCGCCCUUGUCCCCGGCCAGACAAAGCUGAGCUGCCUCUGUCACUCGCUCGCUCUCGCCGGAGAACGUUCUUGUUACCUCGCCGCUUCCACCCACGCCUCUUCUCCGGCCAUGGCCGUCACCACCAGCAAACUUAGCGCGGACGCGCCGCAGUACGUCUACCACGGCAACCUCCAGCUUCCUCCACUCCCGCCUCCUUGUCAACAGACGGCCAUGGGCGGCCCCCUCCCUCCACCCCCACCUCCUCAUCACAAGACGGCGAUGGGCGGCCCCCAGUACCACGCCGCGGCCUGCCCGAUGACUUUCCCGGUCUUCGCCAGCUACCCGUCCCCGCCCCCGCCAUUCGUUCCCGCUCCCGGACCAAUCUACGGCGUCCCUCAGCCACCGCAGCCGGCAUUCCGGUGUCAUGUCCACUUCGCUCCCCCCUCGCUGCUGCGUUCAACCGCGCCGCAGUGCCGCCUCGGCAAGGUUCCCCCCUCGCUGCUGCGUUCAACCGCGCCGCAGCGCCGCCUCCGCAAGGUUCCCCCCUCGCUGCUGCGUCCAACCGCGCCGCAGUGCCGCCUCGGCAAGGUUGUCCCCUCGGCGCCACCAAAGCAGGCAGCGGUGAAGACUUUCCCCGGCAAGGAAGCCCCCUCGCCGCCGCUGCCGGCUGCGCCGGUGCCUUGGAGCACCGAGGCUGUCCCCUCGUCGCCACCGCCCACAGCGCCGGUGCCCUCGAGCCGCAAGGCUCCGAAAGUUUCGGCGCGGCCGCACGGCCUCCCUCCGCACAGGCUCAUGUUUUGGGCCGUCGACGUGGACGACGAGAAGAAGCAGGCGCAAGCCGCGGCCAUCGCGGGAGCGGCCCAGUCCGUGAAGCCUCGCGGACGGAAGGCCGGGCCGCGUCGCGGGAUGCAGGCGCAGCAGCACAGGACGGGGAGGAGAAGGAGCAGGGAGCUCUGGCGGCGGCAGGCGAAGGCUGCUCCAGCCGAGCUCGCCUGCGAGCCGGCGGCGAGGUCGCCCUCGCCGGCGUUCACGACGAGGCCGCCGACGCCGCGGCCCGCGCCGGAGUGGCGCGACCCGCAGGUCACCACCGUCAUGAUCCGGAACAUCCCCAACAGGCUCAAGCCGGCGGAGAUGAUGCAGCUGCUGGACGACCACUGCGCCCGCGAGAACAGGAAGGAGAAGGCCGGCGACGUGCCCGCCGCCUACGACUUCCUCUACCUGCCCAUGGAUUUCAGCUUGUGCUGCAACCUGGGGUACGCGUUCGUGAACCUCACGUCGGCCCAGGCGGCGCGCGGGCUCCACGCCGCCCUGCACGGCGCCCGCUGGACGGUGUUCGGCACCAACAAGGUCAUCGACAUCUGCGCCGCGCGUAUCCAGGGCAAGAGGGCGCUGGUGAAGCACUUCAGCAACUCCACCUUCCCGUGCGCCACCGACGACUGGCUCCCCGCCGUCUUCUCGCCGCCGCGCGACGGCGCCGCCGACCCGUCCGUCGCCGGCGAGGCCACGCGCGUCGGCACCCGCGUCACUCCCGCCACUCCUCUGCCGGCCACGCCACGGGCGCAGCGGCUGGCAGGCAAGCCCGUGGUCCGUGGGCGUCGCCAGCGCGGGGUCGCAAAGCCCAGCAGCGCCACAAGAUGCAUGUGAGGCGUAUGUUGUUGGUCGUGGUAACCAGCAGCAGCGUCGCACGGUCAAACCGGAGUCCAGCCAUGCCUUCCCUUUCUCCUUCGGUGCAACGGCGCUCUGGGGAAGGGAGGGAAGGCUGUUGGACUCUGGUCUUGAGCAAGCAUGGCACUGCUCUACCACUGCGUGUCUCUUUGUCUCUAGUUAGAAAUCUCCAUGAAAUUUCUCCUGUGUGUGUAGUGUAGCAUCAGCCUCUAUCGGUCUAUCCUGUGCUGGCUGUGUAAUGUGUCCGUAGCAUGUGUCUUGUUCUGCUCUCUCAAAGCAAAAGAUUGUCUACUGCUGGUCGCCGAGUCCCCAUUGGCGCAGGCAUUGUACCUUUGGUGCUGCAAGCUCUGUGUGUGGGGUUGGAAGUUGGAACUAGAAGCUAGUCUGUGGUGCUUUCGGGCCGCCGGUACUAGCAUUGGCAUAGCAUGGCAUGCAUGAUGCAUGCAUGUUUAU